AGUCUUUGAAGCCUACAAGUCAACAAGCAAACUUAUUUUUUUCCUUUGUGGAUGCUUGAUUGAUUGGCUUGGAUUAGCGUUCCUAUCAACAACAUAUUCUCCUUUUCUGGGGCUACAAUUUCUCUCAAAUACCUUUCUCAGUUUCCAUGGAAAUUGCGAGCAGGCGGCGUGGGAAGCAGGCCAAAACAGUAAUCUUUGAGUCUGAAGAGGUUAGUAGUAUUGAAUGGGAAUUCAUUAACAUGACUGAACAAGAAGAAGAUCUCAUCUACAGAAUGCAUAGACUCGUUGGAGAUAGGUGGGAUUUGAUAGCAGGGCGAAUACCAGGACGGAAAGCGGAAGAGAUAGAGAGGUUUUGGAUAAUGAAAAACUGUGAAGGGUUUGCCGAAAGAAGAAGCCAGACUGAAUGUUCUUCGCCGGGGGAAUUCUAGAUACAGUAUUACUCAUUUUAUCAUCGAAGAAGAAAAAAAAUCACUAGUAAUGCAUACUUCGGUUUGAGUGGAGCUAAACAACAACUUGAACUCAAACAAUUUCGACAGAAUCCGCCCUUAAAAAGAAAGAAAACCCAUGACUGCAAGUGAGACUGCAGUUAGGUCCACAUAAUCGGCUCUUCCGCCACCAUCACCAACAAUCAGAAAAAUGUUGUCGACGGCGCAGCAGAAGCUGAUUAAAGUGGGUGGUAGAUAAAGAGGGGAGUCCAUGGCACCAUAGUAGCAAACUGCACAGUGGCUUCCAUUAUGUAUGAAAUUGCCUUCUCAUGUAAUACAAGAACUACUAGCUGCUACAUGAAAGGGGAAAUCUUUCUGAAGGAAAGAAUUCAUGUA